CUGGACCCUCAGACCCUGCAGGACAGAGACUGGCAGCGGACCGUCAUCGCCAUGAACGGGAUUGAAGUGAAGCUGUCAAUCAAGUUCACCAGCAGGGAGUUCAGCCUGAAGAGGAUGCCUUCCCGAAAACAGACGGGCGUCUUCGGGGUCAAGAUUGCCGUGGUCACCAAGAGGGAGCGGUCCAAGGUGCCGUACAUCGUGCGCCAGUGCGUCGAGGAGAUCGAGCGCCGGGGCAUGGAGGAGGUGGGCAUCUACCGUGUGUCCGGAGUGGCCACGGACAUCCAGGCCCUGAAGGCAGCCUUUGACGUCAACAACAAGGACGUGUCGGUGAUGAUGAGCGAGAUGGACGUGAACGCCAUUGCCGGGACGCUGAAGCUCUACUUCCGCGAGCUGCCGGAGCCCCUCUUCACCGACGAGUUCUACCCCAACUUCGCUGAGGGCAUUGCGCUCUCAGACCCCGUGGCAAAGGAGAGCUGCAUGCUCAGCCUGCUGCUGUCGCUCCCGGAGGCCAACCUGCUCACCUUCCUCUUCCUCCUGGACCACCUGAAGAGGGUGGCGGAAAAGGAGACAGUGAAUAAGAUGUCCCUGCACAACCUCGCCACGGUGUUCGGCCCCACACUGCUCCGGCCCUCAGAGAAAGAGAGCAAGCCGCCCGCCAACCCCAGCCAGGCCAUCUCCAUGACUGACAGCUGGUCCCUGGAGGUCAUGUCCCAGGUCCAGGUGCUGCUGUACUUCCUGCAGCUGGAGGCCAUCCCCUCCCCGGACAGCAGGAGGCAGAGCGUCCUCUUCUCCACCGAAGUCUAGAGGCCCCCGGCCCGCCCCGAGAGAGCAGGGACACGGGCCCUCCAGCCGCAGAGCGGGAGCUGAGCCUCCUGGAGGAGCCACCGGGCCCCGCCCACCGCGGCCCGCGCUGCUGCGAGAGACAGCGCCCCCUGGCGGACGCGGCCGGGGCCCGCGCCGCCGCCAGAGGGCGCCCCGAGCCAGCGCGCCGCCCGUCGUGGGCCUGGGCGGGGCCGGGCGCGGGGCGUGGUUUUCGCGAAACGGCCACCUGCGCGUCUCGGGGGCGGAGGGAGCAGGCAGGAGCGGACUCGCGGACUCGCGGACUCCUGAAUAAACACCGCCGCUUCACGCCCGGGGGCCAGGCCCCUCCCGUGCGGGUGGGAGCGUGUCGGUUUCCCAGAUCAGAACGCCCGACUCCUGUUUUGUAACCGGCUUGCAGGAGCCGAGUCUGCACCGUGCAGCGCCUGACCCCGUUCGCCUCCCGGCUUCUCUUUCUCUGCAGAAGGCCCUGCGGCAGACGCGGGUCUCCCUCGUGCUCUGUCCUCCGUUGCUUUGUCUCUGCCCAUCUCGCGGGCAGCCCCCCACCGACCCGUGUCACGUGCAGGGCCCGGACACCAGGGGAGGGGAGCCCCGGGGCUGCGCACUUGGCCGCUGCUCGUCGGGGGAGGGCGGACCCGCCCACCGUCCAGAAGGUCGCCGGCCUCCUCCGACCCGUGGCGUCUGCCCCCUGCCCUCCCAGUCCCCUGAUCACACCGCACCCCCCCAAACCCCUGACACCCAGAUUGGCUGCGCCCCCUCGCCGCACGCGCCCCACAGACUCUUGUAAAGGUUUUCUUCUCUUGGUGGCAGCGGCAGCUUGCCGACAGCUUGUUUUAAACUUUGAUUCGGAUAGCCUUUUGAUACUUGAAUAUUUUUAAGUUUUAUACAGUUUCUAAUUUUUGUUUUCCUAAAAAGAUUCAGAUACCCACUAAGAUGUUAGAAUGUACUCUGUGGACACGCGGUGUCCACAGCGGCAUCUCGUCUUCCUCCACACGGCAGCCCUCUUUCCAUCGGGAGCUGCUCCGGAAGUCUCCUGGGCACCCGGAAUGGGGGGGGGAGGUUGGGAACAGGCCGAGGGUGGGGCCGCCUGCCCCAGAGCAGGUAGAGGGGCCGACCCCGCCCCGCGCACACACUCCGCGCCCCUGUGCUGAAGCCAGCACGUGGCUGGUUACCCUCCCGACCGACCGUCUGACUUAGAAGACAGAACUGGGGACACCUCUAGGUAGUUUGAAGACGUGCGUCUGUGAAGAAUUGCAUCGCUUCUUUCUAAGAAGGGUGGGGGCAAGAAGAAAAGAAACAGGCAAAGUUUCCAGGCUGGACUUGCGCUGGAAGAGAGGAUGCGCUGAACCAGAGGAGGGAAGCAGAGGCACCGACUCAGGAAGAGGCGCUGGUUUGCCGCACGAUUAGACCAGUCACGCGGGGCACUGCCCGGGCCCGUCCGGUGUCCCCGGCGGGGCGGGAGGCUCUACCCCCGUCGUGCUGACGGGCAGAAGCUCCAGGCAUGUGGGGGCCAUGUGCCCCUCCUGUCUGCUCGCGGACUUGCUGACACGGGGGACAGAAAAGCCACUGGGAGGCCUUACGUCCUCGUCCUGUAUUUAUUUAGUCGUACUUUGGACUCGUGGGGAGAGCUGUGGUCCCCCUGGGGGAUGAGGGUGUAGCAGAGGUCAGGGGGCGUGUCCUCUGUCCGCGAAUGUUCUCUGGACUCGGUGGGUCUCCCGGCCUCCGGCCCCCAACCUCUUCUAGCCUGGCUUCCCGUCCCGUCCAGCCCUGCCGAGGGAACGCACUCUGCCUGGAAAGCCCUGGCCUGGUCUCUGUUUCCCUGGAGCCUUCACGAUCUGCACCCAUCAUGUUGAAACUGGAAAGCCGUCUCAGCGUCUGCCAAUUCCGGUUCCCUGCCGCACCUCCUCCCCCAUUUCAGCUUUUUCUUUACUUGGGAUGCGCACUGUCGAGUGGUGGGAUGACUUCUUUCUUCCACGGCUGUCGAGGCGUUCCUUCACUGGCCCACCUUGGCGGCGGUAGCUCUGAGUCCCCAGGCAUCUCCGAAGCCGGUGGGUGGGUGACCGCCUGGGGGCCGGACGUGACCUUCCACGAGGCUCAGUGGCCGGACUCCACCUUGCCGCCCGGGGCCCUGCGUCUGGAGCCCGGCCGCACGCUGGGGCCGGUGGUGGGUCUCUAGGCAGCCGUGUGUCUUGAGUUCCAGCUCGGCUGUCUCUCCCACCACAGAGGGUGGCGAGGGGAAGACUGCUGACGCUUUCAUUAAAGUUCCUUGAGGUGA